GUUCUCCUGACUCCCAGUAGGAGGCGGAGAGCCAAGGGGCGUGCUAGAGCGAGGGGGGUUGGGCUCCCGGGUGGCUGGAGGCUGCGGAGCAGAGAGGCCGCCCUCGAUCCGGGCGAUGGAGGAAGCAAGCGAGGGGGCAGGUUCCUAAGCUUCGCAAUUCCUCUGUCGCCUUCUGGGCUGCCUACCAGGUCGCAUGAUCCCUCCGGCCGGGGCUGGUUUUUUUGCUGAGUUACCGGCGACCCAGUCACCACCUCCUCACGACCUAUGAUACAAAAGACCUUCCGGGGGCUGCACCUGCUUGCUGUCGCCGGAGAUAGAUUUGAAUAACCUUAUCUUGGCUUUGGAUCCUGGAAGAGAAUCGCUAAACACAGGGCAGACCCAGUGAGUGAGCAGGUGUUUUGGACAAUGGACUGCUUGAGCCCAUCUCUAUUAUAAAAAUGUCUCAGAGCAACCGGGAGCUGGUGGUUGACUUUCUCUCCUACAAGCUUUCCCAGAAAGGAUACAGCUGGAGUCAGUUUAGUGAUGUCGAAGAGAAUAGGACUGAGGCCCCGGAAGAAACGGAACCAGAAAGGGAGACCCCCAGUGCCAUCAAUGGCAACCCAUCCUGGCACCUGGCGGAUAGCCCCGCGGUGAAUGGAGCCACUGGCCACAGCAGCAGUUUGGAUGCGCGGGAGGUAAUCCCCAUGGCAGCAGUGAAGCAAGCGCUGAGAGAGGCUGGUGAUGAGUUUGAACUGCGGUACCGGAGAGCAUUCAGUGAUCUGACAUCCCAGCUUCAUAUAACCCCAGGGACAGCAUAUCAGAGCUUUGAACAGGUAGUGAAUGAACUCUUUCGGGAUGGGGUAAACUGGGGUCGCAUUGUGGCCUUUUUCUCCUUUGGCGGGGCACUGUGCGUGGAAAGCGUAGACAAGGAGAUGCAGGUAUUGGUGAGUCGGAUUGCAAGUUGGAUGGCCACCUACCUGAAUGACCACCUAGAGCCUUGGAUCCAGGAGAACGGCGGCUGGGACACUUUCGUGGAACUCUACGGGAACAAUGCAGCAGCCGAGAGCCGGAAAGGCCAGGAGCGUUUCAACCGCUGGUUCCUGACGGGCAUGACUGUGGCUGGUGUGGUUCUGCUGGGCUCACUCUUCAGUCGGAAGUGACCGGACACUGACCGUCUUACUCACCUCUCACCUCCCACCCUGCCCCACCACGACUCUCUCUUCAGCCACCAUUGCUACCAGGAGAACCACUACAUGCAACUCACGCCCCUUCCCCUAUCACAGGGUUGGGCCUAGACGGCGUCCCCUGCAGUUAGCUUUCUAGAAUCUACCACGCUUCUGUGAAAGCCACCUUCCCCCACAUCUCAGUUCCCUUGGCCUCAAAACUCACAAGGUUUUCCCCCCAAACUGGCUCCUUGGAGGCUGGCAAGAGUGGGAAGGGGUGUGCUAGAGGGAGGAGAGCCUGCCUUGUUGGUGGGACCCUAAUUACCCCUGAGCCUCUUGGGAAUGCUUUCUGGCAGGGAGCUCUUCCCCUGAAAGAGACUAGAUUGCCUUGGUUUUGAUGUGUGUGGCCUCAGAAUUGAUCAUUUCCCAUCCCACUGUGUCCCUGGGGCAGCUCCUCCUUCCCAUCUCAACCCCUUAAGAGCCAUUGAGUGGAGUGCUUUUAGCCCUUUUGACUAAUUAGAAAUUCAGGCUGCUUGGGAUAAUGAGGCAAGGACCAGAACCUCCUCCCCACCUGUGGCCUGGCCAGAGCCCCUACUCCUAGUCUGAAUGUUCUCCUAGGGCCUCUGGCUAGAGUCUAGCCUCACCCAGGAGGAGGGGCUUAGCUACUGAAAGUCCACCUUGCUAGAGCUAGAGUGGCUCUUUCAGUUUAGCACCACCCAAGAUCCUUGUCCACCCUCCCCUGGCUCCCAUGACCAUGACUGAGGGACCAACUGGGCCCAUGAUAGGUGCCCCAGAGCUGUUAAUGACUUCAGCUGCCUCACUUCCUGCAAGAUCACCCUUUGGCAUCUUUGCCUUGGGUGCUGGCCACAGAGUCCAGGGACUCUGGCCUCAGCCCAGAAGUGAAGGGAAGCUAUACAGAGCAGCUGUGGGAGCCCCAGGGGCUUCCCUACCUCAGGCAGGAAGGGCAGGAAGAAGAGCCUGGUGCACAGGUGCAGAGGAUUGCAAGGGCUUGUCUUUGUGCCCUGCCCCCACCUAGCCUGGGCAGCAAGGCUGCCAAGGUCAGAAUGGCCUGGCCAGGAGCCCUUCAGGCCUCUGUCUCCUCCGCUCCACCCUUGGCCUGUCUCAUCCCUGUGGGUCCCAGCUCAGCUCUGGCCACCCCGGGCUCUCUGCUGUACAUAUUCGAGACUAGUUUUUAUUCCUUGUGAAGAUGAUAUACUAUUUUUGUUAAGCGUGUCUGUAUUUAUGUGUGAGGAGCUGCUGGCUUGCUGUGCGCGUGCCCGUGGAGAGCUGGUGCCCAGACUGGCAGCCUGAUGCUCCCUCCCUGCCUGCCUGGGGAAGCCCAUGGGGUCCUAGCCUCUGAGGGGCACCCAUCCCUCCCCUCCCCUCACCCUACACUUGUUCCAGCUCUUUGAAAUAGUUUGUGUGAAGGUGAAAGUGCAGUUCAGUAAUAAAUGGUGUCUGUGACUCUGUGAACCACA